CACCCACUACGACGGACGUUAGGUCCACCGGUUUGGUACACGUCAUGGCUUCCUUCUUGUCGAAGGUGUUCCCCCGCAAGAAGGACAAGGAGACGUCAAACAAACGUAACUCGGUCUCGUCACUGCUCGAGGGCAAGUUUGAGGCGGUUUCCCCCACGAUCUCUCCAUCCGCGGCACACUUCGCGGAUUUAGCACAGCGGCCGAAGGAGCGAGGGAGAGAGAAGGAGAAAGAGAAGGAGAAAGACAGUGCGUUCUCGCUGUUCAAGACCAAAUCGCGUCCCGUCUCUCCCCCGCCAGACACGCGCAAAUCCGUGCCAGAUGCACCCCACCUCACCCUUAAUCUACCCGUACCGAAGGAGGAGCGUAGCCGCGCGCUCGGUGUCGUGUUUGAGGCAGAUCCGAACGACACGAGCACGCUACCCGACAAUGUGAUCGGCGAGAGGCGUUUGACACCCCUCGAGACUCUGCUGCUUGUCAAGGCAUGUUCCCAGGCCAUCGUUGACAAUGGAGGCCUCGAGACCCUUGGUGUCAUGCACCCCUUCUGGUAUUCAGCUUCUCCCGAGGUGCAGCGUAAGCUCAUCUCGCUAUUCAUACUAUCCUUGGCUCCCAAAAGCCCGAUAACCACGCUCUCUCCGUCUCCUUCCUCUGCCGCCGUCAACUUCAACACCGAGCUGGAGUACACCCGAUCUCCCCAUGACAUCGCCGCCGUGCUCCGCUGGGCUUUGCGCCACUUACGCCUCGAAGGGGAAUCGUUCGGUCGCGCUGCCGGACAAUGGGAUUGGUAUCGAACAUUCGCGGAGGCAGAGCGCGCUUCUGCAUACCCUCCGACCGCGUUCACCGAUGUGUUGGUUCCUCAGAUUUCCCCAUCACAUCACCAACUGCUCGUUGCCACGCUCGACAUUGUUUCUUCGCUCGCGUCGCAUGCUGAACGCAACAGUAUAUCGGGCAGCAAGCUUUCCAAGUUCCUUGGCCUCUGGCUCCUGACGGCUAAGAGGAGCGAGGAAGGGGAAGACUGGAAUAGCUUCUAUACGCGCUGGGAACGCGCCGGUCGUAUUCUUGAACACCUUUUCCUGGCUCAUAUUCGAGACGAAACGGUGCGGAAGAAGAUGCCGCUUCGACUCACUGAGCUCGUGAAAGGCUACCCGUAUCAUAGCAGAAGCGCAUCUGCAGACACGACGCCCGCAGCCGACGAUGAUCUGUUGCCGCGCCCACGUUUCUCCACACGUCGAUACAGUGCGCUGUACGUGCGCGUGGAGACCGAGCUCGCGGAUGGGAAGGCUGCCAAACCCAAGCCCCAUCCGCUCCGACUCAUCUCUGAUGCCCUCAAGUCCGAGGUCGAACUCACGGAUGGGCAGUAUCAGAGUAUUUGGGAGGCGAUACGUGCCGCUGCUCUAGCGUCCGAUGAACCAGACCCGAUCCUCGCUACUGUCGACGGCUACCCUUCACUUUCGCGCAUUUUUGCCGACGAGACUACCCGUCUGUUAUCCUUUGUGCCUGCUGAGUCCGGUAUCGCAUCUACUUCUGUACCGACGAUCCGCCUCCCUCGUCCUCCCCGCAGACGCUCGAGCUUUUCGAACACGCCUACGCAGCCACAGGCGAAUGGCAACGGUAAUGGCAAAGCAGAAACGAAUGGCAGCGCGCAACGCUCCGCUGUCUCACCCACGACGUCGCCCACUUCACCCAGCUCUCCCAAGGACUGGACGGACUUCUCGGCAGCAGGUUUCGGCGAGAGCGCACUGGGCAAGGACUUUGCCAAGACGCUGCUGGACAAGGAUGUCGAGGUGACAGACCCGCCUCCCGUGGAGCGCAAGACGAGCAAGAGGCGUCGGCCUUCCUCCCGGCGGUCCUCCGUCGACAACCCAUCCGCCGAGUCGGCAGCCCGGGCGGCGGAGCUCGCCUCGCCAACUUCCAAGCCGCCGAAGUCGAAGUCGACGAUCGUCAACGUGGUGAAGCUCGACGAGGCGUUCGUCGACUUCUGGAGCGACGCGCUCCUGGACCCAAUCGCGUCGGACUGGCCGAACUUCGUUGUCGCGCAGCUCAAGAACGGUAUCACAGGAGUGGAGGCCGACGGACAGCCUGUCGGGUGGCUCGUCCUCGAGCAGCGCUUCGUCUCGCCGCCGCCGCCGCCGCAGACGGCGACUGAAGAAGCGGCUGCGUCGCCCUCCGCUGGACCGCGCCGCGCGUCGUCCCCGCGCCCGUCCAUCCGCUCGGACCUUUCGGCGAGGAAGAGCUCCACGUUCUCGGCGGCGAAGAAGCGGCUGACGUUCUUCGCGUCCGCGAGCCAGACUAUCACUGGGGCGACUGCGAAGUCUGAGGUGAAGGCUGCCGCGAAGAAGAAGGCGGUGAAGGGGUCGAAGGUUGGGGAACUAGGUGAGAUCCUGCCUGAAGUUGAGGAGAAGCCCGAGGAGAAGGUCGCAGAGAAGGAGAAGGAGGAGCCCAAGAAGGACGCUGAGCCUGCUCCUGCUCCUACUCCUACUCCUGCCCCUGCGUCUGCCUCUCCAGAAGCGCAUCCCGUCCCUCCGACCCCAGGCACUGAAGAGUCGAAGUUCGUGGAGAACAUCACGCCCACGGAGGCGGUCAAGCCCCCUGAAGAGCCCAAGGCCGAGCCUGCACAGGAACAAACGAUCACUGUGCCCGCCGCUGAAGCUCCUGAGGCGUCUUCCCCGACGGAGGUGUUGUCCCCGCUCACCCCUACCGCCGAAGACUUCCCGGCUGUUCCUGUCGUCGGUGGCCUCCUCGCCUCCGCCGCUGCGACCACCCCAGUAGCCGUCGAGGCGCUCAAGACCGAGGAUGCCACGCUCGAGGAUAAGCCUGUCGUCACCGUCGAGCAGGAGCCCGAGAUCCCUACAGACUCCGCAGCCCCGACCCCUGAGAAGACGCUCCCGCCUGCCCCCGAGCCCGUCGUCCUCACUGGAGAAACUCCAGGUCCCCAAGUCGCGCUGGAGACGAGCGAGCCUGCGGCGCUCGCGGAGAUCUCGCAGAAGAUCGACGCCAUCGUGGAAGAGGCUGCUUCUGAGCCUGAGACCGAGAGCGCGGAGCCAGUCUCUGCGGCUGCUGCUGAGGACCCCACGACGGAGGUUGUUCAGCACCCUGUCCAGGUUGAGGAACUCGUGUCUGACGCGGAGGCUCCUGCUGCGGCAGAGCCUGCCCCUGUUGAGCCCGAAACCGAGCCCGAGGCUCCUGCUGCGGAACCUGAGGCCGUCGUGGAGGCUCCUGUCGCUGCGGAACAGCCUCUCGCUGAAGCACCUGCACCUGCUGAGGCGCCUGUCAUCGAGGCGCCUGCUGCUGCCGAAGAGUCCGUGGUAGGGGCCCCCGCUCCUGUUGAAGAAUCUGUUGUCGAGGCGCCUGCUACGGUUGAGGAAUCAACAGCGGAGGAGCCCAUCGCUGUCGAAGAGCCCGCUGCAGAACCCGAACCGCUUGCCCCGGUCGAGCCCAAGGCUGCUCCUGUUGAGGCUGAACCCGCUGCUCCCGAGGGAGCCUCUGCGCCUGUCGUCGAGGAAAUCGCUGAUUCUGCUGAGGAGACCGCUCCAGCAGCCGAAGAGUCCGUCGCUGUUGUGGAGGAGGUUCCUGCUCCUGAACCUAAACCCGAGACCGCGCCUGUCGCCGAGGAAGCUCCUUCUGCUGAGCCAGAGCCGGAGGCAGCCCCAAUCGUAGAGGAGCCUGCUGUUGAGGAAGCCCCUGCAGCAGAGCCUGCUCCCGUCGAAGAGGCUACACCUGAAGCUCCUACCCAGCCUGAACCCGAGGAACCCGCGCCUGUAGAGGAGACUCCUGUCGCUGAGCCUGAGGCGCUUGCGGAAGAGCCUGCUGCACCUGUUGGGGAAGUCCCCGCUGCAGUCACGGAGGAGGUUCCCGCCGCCGUUGAACCUGUACCUGCCGAGGCGCCUGUUACACAGGAAGCUGCCGCACCCGCUGUCGAACAGCCCGCCGUCGAGGAGCCGACACCUGCUGUAGAAGAGACUUCUGCCCCAGUCGCCGAGGAGGAGGCUCUCGUCCCCGAGCCGACACCAGAGCCAGCACCUGAGGACUCAGUCCCAGCUCCGGUCGAUGAGCCCGCACUCGUGGACGAGUCUGCCCCCCUUCCAAUUGGGGAGCCUGUUGCACCCGCGGAGGCUCCUGUUGAAGAGAGCACUACUCCUGUUGAGGAUAUCCAAGCCGACGCCGCCGCUCCCGAAGAGCCUGCGGCGUCUACCGAAGCCGCCCCAGAGGCUGCUCCUGAGCCGCAAGUCGAAGAGCCUGUUGCCGGAGAGGCGCAUGAGAACGGCCCUGCAGCUGAGACUCCCGAAAAUGAGGAAAAGUCUGCCGCUGCUGAAGGGAGUCAGUAGGCGUUGCUUAUAUACCUAAUGGUUUGCCGCGCGUGGAAGCAUAGACGUGUUGUGCGGAUUGCUUUGCGUUAUCGGAUGAUACCCCAUGUCAUUGUCACGGUCUCCCCUCAAGUCCCAGUUCCGAGUUACUCGGACGGCCAUUCCUUCUUUAUCGUAAUAUGCUAUCCCCUCCGCCUGUGUUGUCGAUCUACAUAGUUGUCUCGUGAGUUAGUUGCAGUAAUGGUUGGUGGACAGUGUUACAUAUGCUUGGCCCGGUCGAUGUUCCGUAGUCCCCUUGCUUCAUCGCUAGCUUACACGUCUUGCAAAUUGUCCCCGC